AUGAUUCUUGGUACCGCCAGAUUCAUAAACAAUAUUGUAUUUGGUGACCUUCCUCGGAUUGUGAUGCAUAAUGUCCCGAUUGCAUAUAAGGAGUCCGUGGUGUACUUAGGGUUCACUAUAUCUCGAACACUAUCUUGGAACAAUCAAGUCACCAAAACUUGUGCUAAGGUAAAUGCAGCGCGAUAUCAACUUAAGCUUUGUGGUCAUCUAUUUCCUCAGCCUCUUCGUGCACGAUUAGUCGCAGCAUUGAUCUUUCCGGUGUUCGACUAUUACUGUACUGUCUUAACGGAUAUCACCAGUGAACACAAUUUAAGACUGCAAAGAGCCUGCAAUGCCUACGUCAGAUACGUCUUUCGGGUAAAGAGAGAUGAGCACAUCACACCUUUCUUUGACAGACUUGAUUGGUUGAAAAUCAAAGCAAAGCGGAAAUACUUCGUGGGAUGCCUGAUCUUCAAUAUUCUACUAUCGGAAAGAGCUAUCGACCUGUUCAGUGUCUUCAAGACUCGCGGCAAUGUCUCGGCUUGUAACACCAGGGCUCCUCAGGAUUAUCUCGCACUACCUCUGUGCCGCACUGUACUCUUUAAAAAAUCCUUCAGAUGUGUUGCUGCGGAACUAUGGAAUGGGAUUCCCCUUGAGAUUCGUUCUGCCACCAAUCAAAAGGACUUUAAGACCAAAUUUUUUAAUCAUCUACGUCGCAGCAUCACUUAA